GUCCCUUAUUGCGCGUGUGUUCGCGGAGCGGAGAGGGGGAUUAACCCCCGCUUAGGGCAGCCACGCCGCCCAUACUCUUCCCCUCACUCUGUAAUGCUUUAAUUCGCCCGUGCUGCCAUCUAACGUCUCGCUUGGUUACUGUUUAUUGGGUACCAAGCGUUAACGCGGGAACUGGGCUUCUAUGGAGACUUCUGUAUUCUUUAAGACAGGUAACGGAAGAUUGAGGACGGUGUCGAUCGAAAAGCCGAAUGAUUCGAAAUGCUAUCAGCUGCUAUCGAUAAAGCCGACGUUUUAGUAAAUGAAAAUAAUAUUGGGAAUAAAGAUGCAAACACCGUGGAAGAGGAACUGCCUUUUAAGAGAGAUUCUCCUGAAAAAGGUACGGGUAUCGAAAUCAAACAAGAGCUGGAAACGCCGCCGAGUCCGAAUUCUGACACUUCGUUAAAGGAAGGUAGCAAUUCAUCUCGGUUACCUACGAUGCAAAUGAAAUUAAGGGAGCACUCUACGAGAGGUAGAUGGGCGACGUCCAGAGGAAGGCGUAGAGGCUCGUCGCGACAAAUUUCUCUCAAGAAUCAUUCGUCAAUAACAACUACCCAGAAUGGAAGGUCAAGCAAACGUAAGAUUCUCGCGGCCGAAGUACAGCCUCUUGAAAAGUUUCUUGUACUGCAAGAACCUUCGAUAGCGAAUGGAAAUAUCAGUGAGGCUGUAAAUGUCGAACAGGAAACCAUGGAUUGCGAGACGGAAUGUAAUUCUAACGUGGAUAAGAAAAUUAAACUUGAUAUUCCUAAUGAGGAAACAACCGAUUCUAAAGGAAGAUUUAAGAAGCCAAUCAAAGAGCCAGAGAAAUGCGAGUUGUGCCGGCAAAAAUUGGUGGAUGGCGAAAUUGCUCUUUAUCCCGGUCAUCCCAAUGGAGCCGUCGAAGAAUACAUAGCCUUGACGGAUCCAAGAUUAUCUUUAUUCACCGGAGAAGAGGCUGCAAUUGCGGAAGGAGACGAACGACCUCAAAAUAAAUUAACUUAUUUUAGUGUGUACGAUAAAAAUGGCCACCUCUGCCCAUUUGAUACCGGACUUCUUGAAAAGAAUGUUUUCUUAUAUUUUUCGGGUUACAUGAAAGCAAUUUAUGAAGAAGAUUCUAGCGCAGAAGGUGGUGUUCCUACAAAAGAUAUAGGACCAUUCAACGAAUGGUGGCUAUCGGGUUUUGAUGGUGGUGAACUAGCGUUAAUCGGAGUUGGAACAGCUUUCGCAGAAUAUAUCUUGAUGGAACCUUCCGAAGCGUAUGCUCCUUUUAUGGUUACCCUAAGAGAAAAGAUUCAUAUGAGUAAAUUUGUCAUUGAAUUCUUAUUGGAUGAAGUUAAUCCGAGUUACGAAGAUCUGCUUAAUAAACUUCAGACCGCUGUACCGCCUAAAGGUGUAUCAAAUUUUACAGAGGACUCGUUACUAAGACACGCCCAAUUUGUUUGCGAUCAAGUUCUUUCGUUCGAUACUUCAGCUAAACCCGAAGAUCCUCUUCUUAUCGUAAGUCCUUGCAUGCGGGCACUAGUCAGUUUGGCAGGUGUAACCAUUGGAAAGAGACUGGCCACACGUAGGGCUCAACGCAGAGACCAGAAAUCAAAGAAACCCGCUUGGACAAGAGCAACGACCACGCAAUUGGUUAAUAAUAUGUUUGAAACUUUCUUCACGGAACAGCUUGCUCAAUUUGAUAAAGAGCCAAUGGGUCCAAAGAGACGUAGAUGCGGAGUUUGCGAAGCAUGCCAACAACCAGCUUGCGGCGUAUGCCCUGCUUGCAAAGACAUGGUCAAAUUUGGGGGUACAGGCCGCAGUAAGCAGGCCUGCGUCAAAAGAAGGUGUCCUAACAUGGCGAUACAGGAAGCGGACGAUUCCGAACCAGAAGAUGAAGAGGCAUAUCAGACCCUGGCUGUUCCAGCUAUUACAAAGCAUCAGCAGAUCCUAAAAUCUUUAAAGCGGGUAAAGAAAGAAGUGAAGUGGCUCGGCGAAUCGAUCGCUACUGACGCAAAAAAAGUAUUCUACUCGGGUGUCGACGUUUCCGGAGAAGAGAUACGUGUUAACGAUUACGUGAUGAUCGAACCUAGCGAUCCAUCGAUCGCCUUGCAGUUAGCUAAAGUCAUGUACAUGUGGGAGAACAAGAAGGGCGAGUGUUUGUUUCAUGGCAAUUGGUUUCGGAGAGGCAGUGAUACCGUUCUUGGGGAAACCUCUGAUCCAACUGAAUUAUUUUUGAUCGAUGAGUGCGAUGACCUUGUUUUAACUUCUAUCAAAACAAAAGCUACCGUCACACUCCGGGAGCCUGCCUCGGAUUGGGCAGAAUUAGGUAAUCAAGACACCAGUUUGGAUACCGAAGCAUCGGAAGCCGAUGGGAAAGCCUUUUUCUACCAAAAGAUGUACAUUCCGUCCAGUGCGCGCUUCGAAGAUCCUCCCGUCGAUCCGCCAUGCGAGAAAGACAUGGAUUACCAUUAUUGUCCUGCAUGCCUUCGUUCCGACAUCGCCCAAGAGCGAAUUACUCCAAAGGUUUUCGAGCGAGGCGAGGAGAAGUCGGACGACAAAGUGGUCUACGGCAUGGUCCGAUACAAAGACGAAGAAUACCGAGUGGGCAGCUCAGUGUACCUGUUUCCUGGAGCAUUUAAAUUCACGUACGUUACGACGUGGCCCGAGCCCGCGAAGGUGAAGAAAGAGAAGGUCGACGAGGACGUAUACCCCGAAUUUUACCGAAAAUCCUCCGAACACGUGAAAGGUUCGAAUUAUGACACUCCGGAGCCAUUCCACAUAGGGUACAUAACGUCGAUCUUCGCCACCACUACCGACAAAGUGGUACCGGCUUCGGAUAUUUGGAUUACGGCCAAGAAGAUGUACAGGCCGGAAAACACGCAUAAGGGACCCUCCUUGACGCAACAGGUCGACUUGAACGUUCUCUACUGGAGCGACGAAGAACGCAGUAUACGCUUCACGGAGGUAGCCGGGAAGUGUUACGUAGUCUCCUCGGAGACCUUGGAUCAAUCCGUCGAAGAGUGGACCGCUGCCGGGCCAAAUCGUUUUUACUUCACGCAAGCCUACAACAUCAAGGAAAAGACAUUCACCGAUCCUCCGGCGCACGCGUUGAUCGGUAAACGCGAUAAGGGUAAAGCCAAAGGCAAGGGUAGAUUCAAAAUAAAGAGCAAGAAAGCCGAAUGCGAGGAUCAGAAGAAGUUCGACGUGCCGGUGAACCAUUGCUCGAUAGCGCGGAAAUUGAGAACUCUGGACGUCUUCGCUGGAUGCGGUGGACUUUCGGAGGGACUGCGUCAAGCAGGAGUGGCAGAGAGUUUAUGGGCGAUCGAGAAGGAGGAGCCCGCUGCUCAUGCCUACCGUUUCAACAAUCCCGACACCGUCGUCUUCUCGGAGGACUGCAACGUUCUGCUGAAAAGGGUGAUGGACGGAGACGAAACGGACGACAACGGGCAGCGGUUGCCUAAAAAAGGCGAGGUGGAACUCUUGUGCGGCGGACCGCCGUGUCAAGGCUUUAGCGGCAUGAAUCGCUUCAAUUCGCGACAGUAUUCCUUGUUUAAGAACUCUUUGGUGGUCUCGUACUUGUCCUACUGCGACUAUUACAGACCAAGGUUCUUCGUAAUGGAGAACGUCCGAAACUUCGUCUCGUUUAAAAGGAGUAUGGUGCUCAAGUUGACCCUGAGGUGUCUCAUUCGUAUGGGAUACCAGUGCACGUUCGGCAUCCUGCAGGCCGGGAACUAUGGAGUCCCCCAAACGAGAAGACGCCUGUUCAUUCUCGCCGCAGCUCCUGGAGAAAUCUUGCCCAGGUACCCGGAGCCCACUCACGUGUUCAGUAAACAUGCCUGCCAGUUGAGCGUGGUGGUCGACGAUCAGAAGUACUCCUCCAAUUGCGAGUGGACGGAGUCGGCGCCCUAUCGCACCAUCAGCGUCAGGGAUGCCAUGUCCGAUCUGCCCAGCAUCCGGAACGGGUGGAGCAACGACGAGAUGGCCUACAGCGAAGAGUCGACCUCUCACUUCCAGAGAAAGAUGAGAGGAAACGAGUGCCAUCCGAAAUUACGAGACCACGUCUGCAAGGAAAUGGCACCGCUAGUCGAGGCUCGCAUGGCGCAUAUUCCCACGGCCAGUGGGUCGGACUGGCGGGACCUUCCGAAUAUCGUCGUUCGCCUCAGCGAUGGAACCUUCUCCAAGAAAUUAGAAUACCCAUACGACGAUAAAAAAGCUGGGAGGAGCUCGAAGGGCGCGCGUCGAGGAGUUUGCAGUUGUUGCAUAGGUAAACCGUGUGACCCGAUGGAUCGACAAUUCAACACUCUGAUUCCAUGGUGCCUCCCGCAUACCGGGAACCGCCACAACAAUUGGGCGGGACUUUAUGGUCGAUUGGAGUGGGAUGGAUUUUUCGGCACCACCAUCACGAAUCCGGAGCCUAUGGGCAAACAGGGUCGAGUCUUGCAUCCCGAGCAGACGCGUUUGGUGAGCGUUAGGGAAUGCGCCCGGUCUCAAGGAUUUCCUGAUACGUUCCGCUUCUUUGGGACCGUUCUCGACAAACAUCGACAAGUCGGUAACGCGGUUCCGCCUCCUCUAGGUGCGGCCAUCGGUCGCGAGAUUCGAAAAUGUCUGGACGAGGGACGAAGGAACCACGAGGAGACAACGGUGGAGCCUCUGCUCGAACCCAAGCCGGCAACGGACAUUAUCGCCAGUUCUAAUUGAGACCGUGUCUUGCUUGAUACCAGCGAUUUUAAUUAAUCUAGACCGCUGUCGAGCCGUUCAUCCUCUCGAUCGAGAUUUUACACCUGGAUUUCUACUCCCAUCGGCCAUUCCGCCGGUCAAGUGAACUCGGAUCCGUCGUUUUGUCUUUUACAACCGUCAUACCUCCUCUCAUGCACUGCCAGAUAUAUGAUGUAUACAUAAUUGUAUAUAUAUUUUUUUAUUCAAGUUGACUAUCACGUUUACCGUUGUUUCUACUGUGCCUUGUGCGAAUUAAUAAAAUGCAAGUCUAUUUAUA